AUGAAGCUGAUCAGCCUCUCUCUACUCACAGUGACCAUCCUUCUUUGCUGCAACAUGGCCCAGCCUAAAUUCAAGAACAACGCAGUUACAACAAAACCUGGAUAUUGCCCAGAGUUUCAUCUUUCCUGCCCUUUCGUCCUUUUACCUGUAUGCAGAUAUGAUAGAGGCUGCAAAGGGGAUAAAAAGUGCUGCUUCUACUACUGUCAAAAGCGUUGUGUGGAGCCCUGGGAUUCUAUGUAUUAG